AUGAGCCAAUGUGAACCCAAAAAUACGGAGACAUGCGAGACUCGUGACUUGACACGCAACAUCCGAAAUCUGUUCGAUUUUGAUAUACUCAUCGAAUUUGUGCUCUUACACUCGCUUUGCGUAUCCACAUACGCCAUCGCAAUUCACCUAUUGCAUUACCUCUGCAACUAUUUCUGCGAUGUCAAAUAUCUCACUGCUAGCCAUCAAUUAGAGGGGUCGUACGGAAGACUAGAAGUGGAACGCCAAGGUAUGCUGAGUGGUGAUGGCGAUUCGGUGAAUGGGUAUACACGUAGCGUCAAAUCACGGAGAAGGGUUCACUUACUGCUUCUUCCCCUCUACGAAUCAAACUGGCGAAGGCGACCCACCGCGGCAUGUGGAAGAUGUGGCGCCACUCGCAGGAAUAGGCAGCGCGCAGAGCAACCAGUUUUACCAAGAUAUACAUCAGGAUCAUUGGUGCUCAGCGUGAGGAAGGGGAAUCUCAUGCACAGCGCCGAACCAAUGUGGUACCGAAGAAACGUGGUGGGCAGGCUAGACAGCCCCAACAUGACUGAGAUGGUUAAGGGGCCUUCCCCACUCUCUAUCAAAGGACUUGGUUCAUGCUGCAUUGGACCGGUUGAUGAACACCUCUCCCACUUCCGGGAGGAACGUGGGAAUUGGUCGUCUGGGAUUAGACGCCGACCAAAUGAAAAAGGUGGUCGUGGUACUGCCAGCUAUUCGAUAGCUGAAACAUUUCAAGUGACAUCAGAUUUCCUUGCCUACACUAGGCUACACAAUGUGGCUCUGAUCAUUGAUGGGCUCCGCCCACACCGAUCAGGCAGUUCUCAAGCAUUGCGGAAGUUGAUGGUUUGGACACGCGCGAUUCCAUCGAAGGAUCUGUGA